AAGUCCUUGAAACUGGGGAUGGUCUUAAUUACUCCCUACGUACUGCUGUAACAGAUUACCACGAAUUUGGUGUAUUUAAACAACGCAAUAAAGAAUGCUGAUGGGAGAAUCAUUUCCCUAAUUUUCAAAUUGUUGAGCUGGUUGCCAUAAUGGAUGAUCAGCAAGCUUUGAACUCAAUCAUGCAAGAUUUGGCUGUUCUUCAUAAGGCCAGCCGACCAGCAUUAUCCUUACAGGAAACCAGAAAAACAAAAUCUUCAUCACCAAAAAAGCAGAAUGAUGUCCGAGUCAAAUUCGAACACAGAGGAGAAAAAAGAAUCCUUCAGUUCCCCAGACCAGUUAAACUGGAAGAUCUGAGGUCUAAAGCUAAAAUUGCCUUUGGACAGUCUAUGGAUCUGCAUUAUACCAACAAUGAGUUGGUAAUUCCAUUAACCACCCAAGAUGACUUGGACAAAGCUGUGGAACUGCUGGACCGGAGUAUUCAUAUGAAGAGCCUCAAGAUACUGCUUGUAAUAAAUGGAAGUUCACAGGCUGCUAAUUUAGAGCCAUUGCCAUCAUUAGAAGAUCUGGAUAACACAGUAUUUGGAGCAGAGAGGAAAAAGAGACUUUCUAUUAUAGGUCCCACUAGUAGAGAUAGAAGCUCCCCUCCCCCAGGAUACAUUCCAGAUGAAUUACACCAGGUUGCCCGGAAUGGGUCAUUUACCAGUAUCAACAGCGAAGGAGAAUUCAUUCCAGAGAGCAUGGACCAAAUGCUGGACCCAUUAUCUUUGAGCAGCCCUGAAAAUUCUGGCUCAGGAAGUUGUCCAUCACUUGAUAGCCCUUUGGAUGGAGAGAGCUAUCCAAAGUCGCGAAUGCCUAGGGCACAGAGCUACCCAGAUAAUCAUCAGGAAUUCUCAGACUAUGAUAACCCUAUCUUUGAGAAAUUUGGAAAAGGAGGAACAUAUCCAAGAAGGUAUCACGUUUCAUAUCACCAUCAAGACUAUAAUGAUGGUCGUAAAACUUUUCCAAGAGCUAGAAGGACCCAGGGGACUAGCUUCCGGUCUCCUGUGAGUUUCAGUCCUACUGAUCACUCCUUAAGCACUAGCAGUGGAAGCAGUAUCUUUACCCCAGAGUAUGACGACAGUCGAAUAAGAAGAAGAGGAAGUGACAUAGACAAUCCCACUUUGACUGUGAUGGACAUCAGCCCACCCAGCCGCUCACCUCGUGCUCCAACCAACUGGAGACUGGGCAAACUGCUUGGCCAGGGAGCCUUUGGCAGGGUCUACCUCUGUUAUGAUGUUGAUACAGGAAGAGAGUUGGCUGUCAAGCAAGUGCAGUUUGACCCAGAUAGUCCUGAAACCAGCAAGGAAGUAAAUGCACUUGAGUGUGAAAUUCAGUUGUUGAAAAACUUGCUGCAUGAGCGAAUUGUUCAGUAUUAUGGCUGUUUGAGGGAUCCCCAAGAAAAAACACUUUCCAUAUUUAUGGAGUAUAUGCCAGGGGGUUCCAUUAAGGACCAAUUAAAAGCAUAUGGAGCUCUUACUGAGAAUGUGACUAGGAAAUACACCCGUCAGAUUCUGGAGGGUGUCCAUUAUUUGCACAGCAAUAUGAUUGUUCAUAGAGAUAUAAAAGGCGCAAAUAUUCUGCGAGAUUCAACAGGCAAUGUCAAACUAGGAGAUUUUGGGGCCAGCAAACGACUUCAGACCAUCUGUCUUUCGGGGACAGGAAUGAAGUCUGUCACAGGCACACCGUACUGGAUGAGCCCUGAAGUGAUUAGUGGAGAAGGCUAUGGCAGGAAAGCAGAUAUCUGGAGCGUGGGCUGCACGGUGGUGGAGAUGCUGACUGAAAAGCCCCCCUGGGCUGAAUUUGAAGCCAUGGCUGCUAUCUUUAAAAUCGCCACCCAGCCCACCAACCCCAAGCUGCCGCCUCACGUCUCAGACUAUACCCGGGAUUUCCUCAAACGCAUCUUCGUGGAGGCCAAGCUGCGACCUCCCGCUGACGAGCUUCUCCGGCACACGUUUGUGCACUAUCACUAGCGGCCUGAGACCUCUCCCGUGCCUCCGCCCAGCGCCCAUCUGUCCGCUCACCUUCUCUCUGACUGCACUUUUCUUUUUUAUAAAAAAGAGAGAUGGAGAGAAAAAAAGACAAGAGGGAAAGUGUUUCUCUUGAUUCUUGGUUAAAUUUGUUUAAUAAUAAUAGUAACCUAAAUUUUUUAUAUUUAAUCCUUUUUUUCCCUUACAAGAACUUGAAACUUUUUUUUAAUUUUUAUAAUGUACUGAUGUGGUUCAGAGAGAUAAAGCACUUUAGUACAUAGUCACUCUUUUUAGUACAAAAAAUCAUUUGGAAUGCCUAAAGAUUGUAGAGUCUUUCCCUGUGUCACUGACAGAUGGAUGGUGAUGGGGAGACACAGACAACAAGGAGAAGAAAAUGAUGUAUAAUUUGUAGUUUUUAGUGAUAGUAUUUGAAAUAGGGUCUCAUUUGUGAGGUCGAGCCUAAACUUGCGUUUAGGGUAGGCACUCAACUUAAAGAAUAUAGGUUCCUUCUUAGAUCUGUGUUCUUUAGAUCCUAACCUCUGUCUACCAAGCUUUUUGCUCAGUAGGAAUCUUGAUAGAAAAUAUGACUCUCUAAGAGGUAUGUUUGUUAAUCCUAACCAGUAUAAUAAGCAGAUACACUAUAAUAGAUCCAAGUUACUGGAAUCUGUAAACCUUGAGGGAUAGCUUUCUGCUUUAAAAAAAAGAUACUGUUUUAUUUUAGAGCAGAUACGGGAAGUCAAUAAGCAAAUCCAAAUUAAAAGACGAAAGGAGAUUGCUCUAGUUAAAUGUGUGAGCAGUAGACCACAUUUGCCAAUCACCAGAAAUCAUGAAAUAGUGAAAAGAAGUCUUGUUUAGUAUAUUUUAAACUAUGUUCUGUACCUGAGGGGGAAGGUCUGAAAAUUAAGAGAAAGGAGAAAUGACCAGAAUCAUGUGUAUCUUCCUAGUUCUAAGCUCCGGAUUCCCCACAGAUAACAUACUUUAGGCACUGAGAGUUUGAUCCACAGUAGCCAUGUGUUAAAGCCUGUGUCAUGAGAUAAAACCCUUGUUCUUGGGAUCACAGAAUAUUGAAGCACCUUGGAAAGCAGUUACCGUGUGAAACGGUGGUUUUCAACAGCAGGGUGGGGAUGAUUUUGCUUAGCCUUUGGCAGUGCCUGGAGACAUUUGUGGUUGUCACAAGAUGCUAGAAGCAUCUAGUAGGUAGAGGCUGGGCAUGCUGCUAAACAGACUGCACUGCACAGGACAGCACCCCCACCCCGAGUGAAGAAUUAUCCUGCCCCAGCUGCUAAAAGUGUCGAAGUUGAGAAACCCUGAUGGAAAUACCAGCCCCAGUUAUAAACUGAGAACAGCCAUUUUCAAAGCAAUUUCCUUGCAAAAAGUAAUUUUUAGAGAGAAAGUGAUACGACAUGUAACAAGGGUUUUACAGGAGCAGGUACCACUACUUGAAGUCAAGGACGAAUGAUCUCAGCAACAGCAAUCCUUUCCUUACGACUAAAUUGGUGACUUCUAUCUUAGAAACAAAAUGAACAUAAACACAGAGCCUACUGAACUCAGCCGUCUGUACAUAUGCUUUCCUUAAAAGUUAAUUCAUAAUUGUGGGAAAAGAAAAGCAUAUCAAAACAAAGUAUUAACUACUUUAUAGGAAGGUUAAAAACUACCAGGAGUUCCUGGUAUAAUGCAUCCACCAAGAGCAAGGCCACAAGCAGAGAGAGGCAGCUGGGAAGCUCGCACUGUCUCCAAUGGACUUGUGCUGUUGAAAAACGUGAUUGAUACCAGAAUUUGGCCACUUGCAGUUUUUUCCAACAUAUUAAAGCAAGUGCUGAGUACUUUGUUUUUAAAGUUCUAGAAUAUAGUAUUCUUCCUGGAGGCCCUAAAUGUGAUGCUUUUUAUGGGAUUCGUAGGGGACUCGGGUAUUUUAUUUUCUGCUAAAAGAUGUGCUUAUUUAGGAACUCUUUUAAGGUACUUUGUUUCUGAAGUUAGGUAGAUCUUGGUUUCCCGUAUCAAGGUCCUAUCUGGCAUUCCCUGUAGGAAUAUUUGAAAUUCCACUGGCUAGUGUGAGAAGAAGUCAAAGCACAAUGUAGUUGUUGAACCUUCUGCCAUACCCUUACGACGAAGGGAAGCAGCUUGCAAGGAAGACCAUGAAUCAGUGGCAUCCUCCCCCUGGAGCAUCAGCUGCCAAGCCUUGUGCUGUAGACAUAGUCCCCAAGGAUGUGGAUCUAUUAUAAGUUCUUUAUCUUCUGUGAGUGAAAGCAUCUCUUCUACUUGAGCAAGAUCAUGGUAUCUGGACCAGUGGGCUUUUCCUUUGUCUCUUUGUGUUGUGUGGUUGUGAUUUCCUUUUGGCUCAUUUUUGGUCUGUCAGGGUAAUCAGCAGUGUAGGAUAUGACAUGCGUGUUCUUCAGAGAGAAAUCUCGGGAGACUGUGAAACCCGAAGCAAAAUUGUUUGCUUUUUUCAGUCUCUUUUUUUUUUUCUUUUCAAAAUGCUAUAGAAAAUAAAAUCACCUGAAAAGAAACUACUACCUUAACACUGCUGCAGAAGACCUUUGUUUUAUAAGAAAAAUAUUAUUAGCUGUGGGAAAGUAUUCUUCUUUAUGUAAAGACUUAAAAAUAGACUAAUAGUUUACAGAGUUUAUAAAAUGUGAUGUGAAUUUAGUUCAGACAAGAUGUAAAGGUACCAAAAACCACAAUAAAAGUUAAUAUAUAUAAGAAAUACUAGAACAAAAAAGCUUAAUGUGGGGUGAGGUAUGGAAGACCAAAAGUAAAUUUAAAAAAGAAAAUUUUGAAAGGAAACACCUCUAUCAGUGGCAGUUAAAUACAACACUCCAAAUUUUUCCUUCUAAUAGUGGUAUGGAUCAACAAAUGAAAUUUGAACUUUUUGAGAUGACUCUAAAUGUAAAUUUUGUUUUUUAAAUGCACAACUGAUUCUUCUAUACUGUAAUGUUUCUUUGCUGAGGCUGGAAAAUGGCCAGGCUGCUGACUUUGUGCCUUUAAAAUGCGCUCUGCUUUGACAGUGGCAGACUUUUUGGUGCUGGAGAAGAUUCACUAGCAGUCUUUGUAUGUGCUUUUCAGGAAAUAUCUUUCUACUUAGGCCUUGAGAGUUUCAGAACAGCAUGACUUAGGCUUGGACCAAAUAUAAGAUCUUUUACAUUGCAAACAAAGGGUGUUGAGUAAAAGGGUUGAAGAAUACCAUAAUGACUAAUGGAAAUUGUGAUGGUUGGUAAUUCUCUAAAACAUAUAUAAAAGUAUACAGACUUUAAAAUUUUCUGUAUGACUAUCUUGAAAAUUUUUCAGUUUUCCUCAUUUACAAAAUAUGUUUCUAACCUGAAAAAUGGUUAAAGACUACUGCCUUAGAAAGUUUUCAAAGGCACAGUCAACCUUACAUAAUUUAUAUAAGAUUGAAAUGUUAAUGCACAGGCUGAAUGGUAAAAGAAAAAUUACAGCUUAUUUCAUAGUAAAUUGAAUUGGCUUUUACUUGAGAGAGUCUCUGUCUUAUUCCCAGUAGAGACUACAGUAAAAAGGUGAAAUGAUUUCUUUAGAGUAGCUUUCUCUGCUACUUCAGCUCUUACACAUGUCAGGUCUGGUCUGUGGUAUUUCUGAGAUGGAGUUGUUAUGAGAGACGUGCAAUCACCAAAAAAAAAAAAAAAAAAAUCAAAUCUGAGUAGUUUAUAGGGACGACCAGGCUUGGGUGCAAAAGCCAAGAGGUUUGCCAGAUGCAGACUCCUUGGCCCACAGCAGAGUUCUGUGCCAGUGAUUUCAUUUGGGGUUUAGGGACCAGUAGCUUGAUACAAACUCACCUGGUGUCAAUAAGUAUCAGAAUCUAUUGAUUUAAAAAAGAUAGGGUGAAUGUUUUCCAUUUGCUUACCUAAUAUUGUGGCUUAUUAUGUCAGGUACUAAAUAUUGUGGCUUAUGAUGUCAGGUACUAAAUUAACUUCUCUUUAAGGAGGUCACAGUCUAGGAGGAAACAUGGGCAGACAGAUAGUUACUUGUUUUUAUGGCAUAUCCUAACUGAAAGUUCAGCAAUGAUGUUUUAAAAUGUUCUUAUUUCUUUUGAAGUGAGGGGAAAGCAAUUUUGGGUAGUCGUUGGCUGUUAUAAAUACUAAAAUGUCAUUAAUAACCGAGACUCAAGUAUCCCCCAGUUGGAGGGAUCCCCAUAGGGCAGGCAGCCUCUCUCUCAGGACUCCCUCUCUCAGCCUCUGCUCAGACAGUUCCAGUGGUGCGGGGCAUUGAUUCCACAAUGUAGUUAUUUUUUCCUUGCUUUUUCUUUUAAAGGAAAAAAAAUUCUUUUGAUCUAAGUGGUUAAAAUACCAAAACAUUUGAUAGAAAUUGAAUUCUGUCAACAGUGUUACUUAUACAAAGAUCAGGAAAAUUUCUCGAGACCUAUUGUUUUAUAUGAAAUUUGGCCUUUGUUAACAAAUGUAAUGUUCAUAUUCAUUUGAAUUUUAAGAUUGGUUAAAAUGUUAAUGAAAAGCAAUUUGUUCAUUUUUGGUAGUGCCUUUUUCCCUGUAUGCCUUAAUUUUGUUUUAUAUCAAUAAUAAUUGAAGUUACCCACCGAAAUGAAGGUUUUUCCAAAAUCAGUAGGCUUCAAGAGUUCAUUUGGCCUUAGACUGUGUAUUGGCCCUUAAACAUUUCUUCAUGCCUGCUUCCUCCUCCUACCCUUUUCUACCUCUUUUUUUUUUUAAUAUGUUAGAAGAAAAACAUUAGUCUAUGAUAGACACACUGCAGUCUUUACUAGACAUAAAUUCCUAAGAUAAGGAUAGAAAGAGGUAUUCUAAUUCUAAAGAGACAGUAAAUUGUUUUCCAGGUUGAUUACUUGGUUUUCUAUCACAUUGGCAGUGUUCAAGUUCUACGUAUAUCAUGGUUCAGUUAUGAUUUUCAAAGCAGAUCUAGAAUGGUGGUUUUUGCCCGAAAGAGGUCGUUUAAAUGGCUUACAAAUGUUAAGGCAAUGAAACUUAGGGCAAUGAGCAAGAAAUCCAGGGACAGUGAAUUCUAAUCCUUACUUUUAAAUGAACAUUUUGGCUAAAUCUCUAGCUUUUCUGUGAAGUGUGCAUGCUGUGUGUGUGUGUGUAGCUGGGACAGGGGUGGGGAGGAAGGAAAAGUAUGAAUGUCCAAUUAGAGUAGUCUCUGUUCUGGGAAGAACAGCUCAAAUGUGUAUGACCUAGUGAUGGAUGAGUGUGCCCUCCUCGGGGAGGAGUGCCAGCACCUUUUCCACAAGUAGCUGGUACAAGUGAUUGUCUAAUAAAGAUAUUUAUUGUAAAUUGCCAAGCUCUUGGUUGCUAAAAGUAGAUUAAAAUUGAACGUGUAUGUGUGUAUGAUAUCUUAUGUAUAAUUCUUAAAUAGAAAGUACUUGGUUUUGCAUAGUUCUUCAUGAGCUCUUUGGAAUAGAAAUUCUGCCAGACAUUAUCAAAACAAGCUUCCUUAGCUUACCAACUGUUAAAAAGGAAAUUGUUUUAUACCUCUUUUUGGUUGGCUAGGGAAGAUGUGCUGUGAAGCCACUGUUCCUACUUCAUAGUUGUCUUUAGCUUUGCUCUGCCUUCUGCCUCAGUCUGGACAGGAUGCCAUCGUAGGUAUGGAAGUGUCAGGGCCAACCAUCUUUCAGAGCCGUGGAGGGCAGUGAGCUCUCAGGGUGUGGCUAGAGAAUCUUCUCUCGGUUAUAGUGAGAGCAGACAUGGUUUAGUUUCAGAAAGUUGAGGGAGGAGUCAUAGCUAUAGUAAAGAAGAGAAUAAAUUUUAUCUGUUGCCCGUAUACAGUGUCUCAUGUACUUCUUAGUAUUUUUCAUAAUUGUGCAUUUUAAUUGACAGUAAUAUGACCUUUUGUUAGUAACAGCAAAGGCAUUAAAUCAGUGAGUACCGCUAUUCCCCCUCUGCCUGGUGACUUCUUGUUUGUAUUUACAAUCUGUGUUACAGAAUCACUGUAAACCAAAGCUUUUUUAUUCCCUCCACACAGCCAAAAUGAUUAGCACUGUUACUUCUGCCCACCUGUAAGCUAACAGUAUAAAAAUGACAAAGCAGGUACUAGCAGGAUUUGUAUCUCAGUCUAGCUUCCAAGUUAAAGGACAGGUGCUCUGUGUUUGCAUCUAGACACACAGAAUUUACUUCAACUAUCAUGGAACUGUAUAGACAUUACGAACUUGAGCUUGUCCGCGUGCCAAUCUUAUUAACGUCACUUGACCAUAGAUGUAUAUACAUGUACAUUAACAUGUGAUGCCUCAGGCUGGUGGCGUACUUUCCUCCUAGUGUCUUAACAUUGAUAAACUUGCGUUUGACCUGCGGGGCAUUUCAGCAAAGCUUUGAAGAAAAGUGGAUUAUGGACUUUCUGUGCCAUAGACAUUUUGGAACGAAAGGAAGUCUGCUCGCCAGCACACAUUGCAGAAUUUGUCCCCAAAUAGCAUUUCUGAGUCCCUUCAUGUCAGUUGAGGACAGUAAAGUUGGUGACUAUACUGGAAAGCAUUUUUGUGUUCACUCUUCAUGUAACUAAAUUGGUGAUUUCAGCAUUAGCAUUACUUGGAGGAGAGAGAUAAGUAACGAAAUUCCAUCUAAACUCUUAUUCGAUACAUAGGCUCCAAAAUGUAUUUGUCUAUGUUCUCAGUUUUUCCCAAAGACCUUUUUCCCACCUGGAAUAAGGAGAGAGAACUGGUGGAAACAUUUGAGCUGGAAAGGCUUACAGGCAAAAGGAAGCCGGGCAAACGUUUGCAGUCUGCCCCAUUCCGGUGAAAGUACAGUGUCUAAGGAUAAGAGUACUUCUUUCAAAACAAACACUUGUUUUUAAUACAAUCUUAAUUAGUAAGUUAAAGGUUUACAUUUUUUCUAUUGCUGUUGGUUUUAAAAUUUGCUACCCUGCGUUCCGAAAUAUUAUAAAAGAGUUAAUACCAAAAAUACUUUUAAUGUCUGACAUCUCUUACAUUUCACGUGGUUCUUUUUAUUCAAAUAUCAUUGUAAAUAAAAGUAGACUUGGAUAAAUCUGAGAAUAAACUUUUAAUUGUUGCAAACUACGGUUAUCAAUUUGUAAAUUUACCCUUUGACCUAAUGUACAUUUUACAGUGUAACCAUUAAAUUCUCUAUAUUUAAUCUAUUAGUUCCUCUCUGUAAACGUUCUUAAUCUCAGUUGAAUGCUGGGCAGUUUAUAAUUAUGUACAGAGGUGUUUUUUUCCUAUCAAGGUUGACUUUUUUGCACAUUUUUGGAAAUGUUUAAUUUGUACACUGAUCUACUACUCUGACCAAUAAUUGUUGAUGGGUGUGUGAGCAUCAUGAAUGCGUGCAUUGAACUACUGUCUGUGUCUCCACGUUUAAACUUCUUUCAAGAUGUAGCCAUCAGUAACUGCACUGCUAUUACUGACUUCAAUGAACUUUCUUGCUUUUACAAAGUACACUUCUCUAUGGUUCUAUCUUUGUUGAAGAACUCAGGAGUUCAACAUCACUUUCUGAUUUUAUAUGUAUUCUGGAACCCAUGACUCAGUUGAAAGUAUGCUUGUAACUCUGUAUCAGGGGACGUGUGUGUGUGGAAAUGUCUUUUUCUGUCUGUAGGCACAUGUAUAUAUCCCAGUAAUUUCUUAUUUUCAUUUCUACAUUUUUAUGAACUUGUUUUAUAAGGGUACUGUUUAGUUAGAAUAAUUAAAUAUAUAUAAAGCUUUCUGAGAGAUUAUUUACUAUAUGAAUAUAUUUUCAGCUGGCUGAUCAAAAAUAUUUUUUUAAUUUUGUUUUUAACCAUUCAAAAUGUAUUUGUAUUUCCACAAUUGGAUGCAGAUUUACUUAGAUAUCAAUUAAAAUACUCUUGCAAGGGAGAACAUUGAAUUCUCUUUGGGAGUUCUAUGAAAUGCAAGUUAAAAGGAAAAAAAUAGGUUUUAAGCAGUAGCAAAAACACUGUCCACUCUAACAGCCUUUGAAUUCUCAGAACUAUGAAAAAAUGUGAGAAGCUAAAUUGUCUUGAAGAGAUGUCAAGAUUUUUAUAUCUCCAGUUGCUGUUGGCCUGUCCUACUGUUGUUUUUAAUAUUUCUUUUAUUCUACCCCAAAGAUUGCAAGUUUUUGUUUUUCUCUUACUGGGCAAGGUCACACCUCAUUUAUAAAACAAUACAUUGACAUGUUAUGAGUCUCUGUAAUGGACUCUUAAUUGAUUUAGAAAUGUUCAAACAUACAUUGUGUCUUUGUACUGUACUGUGUAUUUUAAGUAACUGGCAGAAAAAGAAUUGGGAAUUAAAUUUCCAAUUUGACAGUGUUAUCGUGCUUAAGGAAAACCUUUUUUUUUGAUAUGCGGUACCAUGUAAAAUGACUCAUGUUAGGAAUAAGUCCACUGUUGAAGUUGAAUGUCACUAAGCUUAUUAUGUUACAAGGAGCCGGUAUGAUUAGAAAAACCUACAGAAGCCAGAUACAGUGUGGUAUGUGCCACAUUUCAUGCACAUUUUGACUUUGUGUUCAUUCAAAAUUGUGCUUGUAAAAAUGUAAAGAAUUUCUGAGUUUUACAGUUUUUAUGUACUUAGUUUUUUUCUUGCUGGUAAAUAGCUUUUUUUUUUAAAUCUAAUGUGAAAGAAACCAUGUUUAUAUUUUGUUAGUGAUCAAUGACUUUGUUUAUAUGGAAAUUUGUAUAUUGUUGGCACACAUCUUUGUUUAGAUUUAUCGUGCAUGAAGGCCUGCAAUAAUUAGCACAAUGAAAAUUGCUUUUUCUUACAUGUUAGUUCAUUUUUUGAAAGAUUGUGGUGCAAAGGCUUACUCUAAGUAACCUUCUGGACUAUGGAAUGAAUAUAAAUGAAUGGCACUUUGAGUGUUAAUAAAGCUGAUAUUUAUUUCCACUGUGA